AUGAAUGAAUUGUUGAAAACAUUAUCGAAAGACUUAUGUCAACUUCUUGACGUGGCUGACGAGUAUAAUGUAUUGAUCACUGUCGGUACUGAUGACAACACAAAAACUUUUAAAGCUCAUACCGUAAUCUUACGUUCUCGCUCUGCCUAUUUUCGUUAUGCAUUAUCGGGCGAUUGGGCCAGAAAGGAUCAUAUCGUAUUCAAUAAGCCAAAUAUUUCACCAGAAGCAUUUGAAGUUAUUUUGAAAUAUAUUUAUGGAGCGACUAUUAAUCUAUCGGCGAUCGGAAUGCUGACACUCCUCGAAAUUCUAAUCGCCUCUGACGAGUUUUGUCUCGCUGAACUAACCAGUUUCAUAACCAAUCACCUUUUUGCUCGUCAUAAACAAUGGAUGCGAGAGAAUUUUAUUUUGGUUCAUAAAAUAGCUUUUCUUCAUGAGGCAUUUAAGAAACUUCAAGAAUUUUGUUUAAAAACUAUUCAAAUUCAACCGGAUGUAGUAUUCAAAGCCAAUGAUUUUGCAAAAAUUGACAUUAAUUUGUUAACUUCUUUGUUAGAACGUAGUAACUUAUUCAUGCCAGAAAUUGAAAUUUGGGAUGCACUUAUUAAAUGGGGAAUGUUUAAUACAUCACCUCCUCUCGAACCUGAUUAUGAAACAUGGCCAGGAGAAUCAUUUGAGAAUUUACAAGAAACUUUACAUCGAUUUAUUCCUCUUAUUAACUUUACUACAAUUUCUUCGAGCGAUUUCUAUCAUAAGAUCCUACCAUUUCAACGUGUUCUUCCAACAGAAUUAUUUGAUGAUUUACUUAAAUUUCAUUUAGCCCCUCAUGUUAAUCCAUCACAUCCAAUUUUACGUUCUCCAAAGAGAAAUCAACAAAUUCAAUCAAUUUUUAUUAAUCAUAUUCAUGCUGCUUGGAUAAUGAGUCAGAUUGACAAGGAUAUUAAUAAAUCUAUUGUCAGCAGAGUAUUGAAUCCUAGUAAAGCAAUUAGAAAUACACAUGGUCCUUCAUUUGGUGAUGGUGAUUUGUGGGUAAAGGUUACAGCUCACUUUACCAAUAAUGCUACCCUUCCUAGUUUUUGUAGACAGAAAAGUUAUGAUAAAAAAAUUGCUGAUUUUGAACAAUUUUAUGUGGAAGAUUUUGAAGUAUUUCAGAUUAUUAAAAAAUCAACUGUCAUUUAUCUCUAG